GCGGGAUAUGGCUGUGGCUGGGACUGGGAACAUGAAGGGCAGCUCUGGCUUCCAAGCCUCUUUCUGUCCCUGUCAGCCUAACCUGGUGCUUGUCCCAAGCCCUCGAUUUCCUGCUGCCAAUACUGAUCAAAGCCUGUUCUGGCCGGGGCCGGGGCUCUUUCUGCACUGGUGGGGCUGGAUAAGGGAGGGCUAAUGAUAAACAGUCACAGCCACACGGUCAUUCAGAAGUUGCGCGGAGUGACUCCCCUGGUAUACUUGUCAGUAGAUUGCAUCAGCUAAUAAGUAGUCAGGCGUGGGUGCUGGGAGAAUCGGCCAUAAGAAACAAGCAAUAGUUGUGCGAGACCAAACCUGUUCUUAUUGUAAAAGAACAAAAACAAAAAACACCAACCAGACUCCCAGAGGAUAUACCUGAGGUAGCUCUGACUGCAAACAGUAUUCGUGUUAGCUGAAUCAGGAGUGUUACAGGAACACAAAGGGUAGUUUAAAAUAAAUGAAGAUUUUCCCAUCAUGUCUUUCCAUACAGGAUCAGUAACUAGCUACUGUAGAACACAGGCCUUCAAACAGUUAAGUGCUCAAGAGUUGACCAAGCAAAGCAAUAAGGUAACUGUCUCCGAGUCAGUGUAUUUAUCGAAUGCUACAGUGUUUGCCCCAGCAAGGAUUAGCUGUCUUGCUCAGACACCUCAAAUUUCAGAUCUCUCAGAUGAGUACUCAAGGCCAGCAGUGAUUGGGCAUGCAGGAAAUUUUAGAUCAUUCCUGGACAGUACUGCAGCUAUCAAAGAAAUUCUUGCAUCUGUUCUAAAUACAUCUGGUAUUAAACCAUCUUCACUACCAGAGAAAACUGUAUUGCAGACAACUGAAGAUCCAGACAGCAAUAUGGAACACUGGGAGGAGAGUACCGAUGGUGAUUCUAAUGAUGACAGUGACACAGACUAUACACAUCACCAUAUUGCUUCUACACAAAUGGAUGUUAGAUUUAUGAGGCAUAAAGCAUCUUGGGAUAAUACUCAGUGUAGUUCUUCUAAAUCUUCACUGGUUUCCUCAUCAUGCCCACUUUAUCCUGGCAGAAGCUCCAUCACUUCGGCGUUAAAUAGCUCAUCCCGCUUGGAAAUGUCUCCUCUGAAAUGUGAUUACUUUACUCAAGUGACAUUAACUGGAGGCACUGUCACAUCAUUGACAAACUCUGCUAUUAUGUGUUCAGAAAAAGAACUUAAAAACUCUUCAAGUUCACCAGACCACCCUUUGCCUUUUAACGGAAUCUCUCCAGAUUCAACAGCUAAUGAGCUGUCGUCAGCAUUUAGAAAUUCUGAGACUUUGGAACCCAUGCCACUCGGAGAUGAGGGCAGCAAUGCUUUCCACCCACGUUCACAGUCAGCGCCCUCUGAUCAGCAAGGUGCUACUUCAGAUUUAAGCAUAGGAGCUAUUUCCUUGAACCGUUCCUUGCAGGAUAUCUUCAUGCUUCCUGUAGAUGUGGAGAAGGAGAAUGCACACUUCUUGGUUGCAGAUAUGAUUAUAGCAUCUCUGGAGAAAAUGAAGUGCAGUAUCCUAAGUCAACAGGCAGAGCCCUGGAAUGCAGAGGAAACCAGUGGAUGGCUAGGCAGCUAUCAGACUGAUUCAGAAAUAUCCUCUUGUACCAGAGUAAAGACACAAUCUGCUUCUUCUGCUUCUUCAGACAGUGGCUAUGAAGGUUGUGCUGUGCUGCAGGUCAGCUCAUCAGUAAAUCCACCAUCACAUCAUGAGGCCGGUAGAUUUCACUGCGAUAGUGACUCAGACGAUGAAUUUGUAAUUAUUGAACUUGAAGACUUGGAAAAUAUUGCAGCAUCUCCAGAUAAAAGAUUAUCUUUUGAUCCGGGCUGCAAUUCUGCUGAAGUAACAGCACAGAAGCUAUACCAAGCAUUCAGGAAAUGUUGGUUACAGGCAGAAACUAACAUUCAGCUGUCUAGGAGCCUGAACACAACUAAGCAGAAAUAUGCUAAUAAAGAAAAUAUUCCAAAGGAACUUGAGUCUAGUGGGAAUCUGGCAGAAGAAAUAAAGGUCAAAGCCAAAUUAAGAGGAACCACAGACUGGGCCCCACCUAGGUUUCAAAUAAUAUUUAAUAUUCACCCAUCACUCAAGAGAGAUGCCGUUGUAGCUGCACAAAACUUUACUUGUGCUGGUUGCGGAACCCCAGUAGAACUCAAAUACAUCAGGAGACUCCGCUAUUGUGAUUACCUGGGGAAGUACUUCUGUGACUGUUGCCAUAGCUAUGCACAAACUUCCAUCCCUGCCCGAAUAUUGAUUAAAUGGGACUUCAAAAAGUACUAUGUCUGUAACUUCUCCAAACAUCUCCUGCUCAGCAUAUGGCAAAACCCCAUCUUCAAUGUGUCGUGUAUCAACAAAACCCUCUAUACAAAAGCAAAGGAACUGAACAGAGUCAGGGAGAUACAAGAACAGCUUUUGCAUAUUAAAAAACUACUGAAAACCUGCAGGUUUGCUGAAAGUGUAUUGAAAGAAUUUGAACAGGUCUCCAGCCACCUGACGACAGAGCUGCAUCUGUUCUCAAUGGAUGACUUGGUGAAGAUUAAACGAGGGCUGUUAGUGCCUCUUCUCAGGGAUAUUCUAAAAAGCUCCACAUCUCAUGUAGAAAACUGCAAGCUUUGUCAAGCCAAGGGAUUUAUUUGUGAAUUUUGCCAGAGCUCAGAUGUACUCUUCCCAUUUCAGACUGCCACAUGCAAAAGAUGUACAGUUUGCAAAGCGUGCUUCCACAGUCAGUGUUUCAAGUCUGGAGAGUGCCCCAAAUGUCUGAGAAUAGCUGCUCGGAGGAUGUUUUUGGAAGCUCCAUCUGUGGCUAUGUGAGACUGGAUUACUAUGAAGAGGCACACAAUUUUCUGUAUAUACCUCUGAAGAAACUAGAUACAGAUAUAUAUGCGUCUGUCUACAGGGUGGAUAAUGUUGUUUUAAACAUUGGUAUUUUUAAAUCAUCCUGCCAUGCUAACAUUUUGUAAUGUGACUUUUUAAAAAAAGAAUAACGUUUUAAUAUUAUGCUUGAAUACCUGUCCUGACAGAAAAUAGUUUUUAAUGUGAUCAGUUUAAGUGUAUGCCAUCAUUAAUAUUUUGCUGCUAUUGGUUUUUUACUCUUUCUGUUUCUGAAUUUGUUUUUAUUGUUGUUGUUGUUAUUUUAUAUUUGACAAGUUGACAGUUCCCAUAUGUAACUUUGCAUGCAAUGUAGAGACAAUAAA